AUGAUGAAUGGGACACCAGUCCUAAUAACUCUUGGUGGCUAUGUCGAUGUGGAUGAGUAUAGAUAUGUUUACUUUCUGUUUUUGCUAACGGUAUACAUGUUCAUCCUCUGCUCUAAUUGCACCAUGAUUUGUCUCAUCUGGAUUCACAGGAACCUUCACGAACCCAUGUACAUUUUCAUUGCAGCCUUGUCUCUCAACUCGCUUUUUUACAGCACCGCUAUAUACCCCAAAAUGUUGGUGGACGUCUUGUCUCACAGGCAGAGCAUUUCUCACUCAGCGUGUAUGUUGCAGUUCUUCUUGUUUUACACUUUUGGUGGUUCUGAUUUCCUUCUCUUGUCAGCUAUGGCUUACGACCGGUAUGCGUCUAUCUGCAAGCCUAUGCAUUAUGCAACUACAAUGAGCAAAAUCAAUGUCACCGUCCUGUUGGCUUUGUCCUGGUUUCUCCCUGCUUGUCAGAUAAUGACGGCUACCCUCAUUAAUGUGAAGCUAAAAAUGUGCAGGUAUGUCUCAACGGGGAUUUUCUGCAACAAUUCUGUGCAUAAGCUUUACUGCAUGAGAUCACAAAUGCUGUCUGGUUUUGAUUUGUUCAUAUUUUUCACCCUUAUGGUUGUCCCGGUGCAGUUCAUUCUCUUCACAUACAUGAAAAUAUUUAUCGUGGUGUAUCGCCGUUGCAGCCGAGCCCGGGAAAAGGCUGCUGAGACCUGCUUACCUCACCUGGUGGUGUUAUUCAGCUUCUGCUACUUGGUUGUGUUCGAUUUCACUGCGGACCAUAUGGAGGCGGAGAUUCCAAAGAGGGUUCGCCUGGUAAUGAUGUUGCAAGUAGUGGUGUACAGUCCUCUUUUCAAUCCAAUUAUAUAUGGAGUGAAGAUGAAAGGAAUCCGCAUCCGCAUCAAGCAGUUGUUUCGUCACCUUGUCAAAAAAAGAAGUUAA